AUGUACCCAUCCGUCGCACCGUUCCACCCGGUCCAACCACACCGCAUACACGAUCCCAACCAGAUGUACGAUGCGAAUGACCUCGUCCGAAAUGACUUCAAACCUUUCGUGAAUCCCAUGCCUCGAUCCCGCCUGCAACUCCCUCACCCUGUCCAGCGACUCAAUCCCCGUGAUGCCUCCGGCUCCAGCUCCAGCGCGAACGUGGAACACACCCUGCGAAGGAAAACCCCCAACGGAACCCUGGCUGCGGGGUAUGAUGGAACCCCCAUCGAUACCAAUCAGCUCCCAGCGUCAAAACACAUUCUGGUGACGCCGGAAUCGGGCCAGUUCAUCCCUCACCCAGCCAUGCAAUCGGAGAAUUGGCAGCACAUACCCGACCAGACCGCCUCGAACUUCCCUCCGGUUUUCAAAAAUGAGCUGGCAGGCAAUGCAAUUCCCAGCGAGGUGGUGCAAGACGCGAAUGGGACAAGCUGGGUUCGACCUGUGAACUACCCUCCGGGUGUUGACUCGAUGCUGAACCAAAGCUUGCCCCUACAGGCCAACCAGCGUAUGCUCCUACAGAACGGGGCUUAUGUGCCAACGGUUCUGCCUGCGACUCUACAGUCAUGUCUUGGGCCCACGGCAUCGGCUGGCACUGGGCCCUUUGGCCCAUACUGGCCAGAUGGUGUGUAUAUCCCAUAUCGCCCAGCUGCAUUUCGCGAUGCCCGAUUUGAAUCUCCCACACCCUUCACCAAGCAGUUGAACGCGCCCGGUCAGCCUUUCUAUGACUUAAACCAGCCUGUUUUAAAUCAUCCUCAAAUCCCCGUGGGGAGCCAUUCCGAUUCGGGCUUUCCGUGGGGUCACUCCAUGCCUGGGCUGCCUGCUCAGGAUCCUCUUAUGAAAACACAUUUCCCGCCACGACACUCCGACCAGUUACCCUUCCAUACCCGCGCCAACCGCUCUAUACCAAAUCUUCCGCCCCAACCACUCAACAAUGACCCUUCGUGGUCUAAUCGGCAACCCGUACACGGAUUCCAACAACCAGGGCCCGCAAUCGCAGUCAAUGCAGAGUUCAAGGAGAAAGUAUUGACGUGGGCCCACGGUGUCUAUGUCGACCUCCUUGCAACGAUCCACCAGGCCCGCCGCAAUAGUAUUUCGAAUGGCACCGCCGACAGUCACUCUCGCUUGAUGAAACCUAGCAUAUACCCUAAGCCACCCAGGCAACCGGGUCUUGACUUUUCACAAGCGCAUCCCCCCGAUCUCACUCGUCACAAUAGCUACCCAUCCAGUCAAUAUGAUCUGCAACGACAGAAGAUGGAUGGUAUGGCCAACCAGAGACCCAAUGACCCUACACAUGCUGCGCCACUUCGUGUCCAUGCUCGCCGCCCAUCCCUGAAUCAGUUCACCCAGAACAGGUCCGAUACCCACAUGCUCGGGAUACGCGAUGUCGGCGUUCCAGGCGUAUCACCAUUCCCACGGGCCCGUGGAUCUCUGUUCAACGAAGGCUCGCCCAUGUCAAAUGCCGCAGCCGCCUUGGAAAUGCUGUCCCAUCUAUGCGGGGAAAGCCAUUGGGAGUGGGUCGAUGGAAUGCUGCUCGGGGGCUGUUUAGCCUACGGGCUGGGUGAUUACCAUAAAGCCACGCGGUGGUACUCAAGAAUUAUCGCCCGCGACUCAACACAUGUGGAAGCUAUAUCCAAUCUUGCCGCCACUCUUCUCGCACUCGAUCGCCGCGAGGAAGCCUUACAGCACUGGCUACGAGCAGUCAAGCUGCGUCCAAGUUUCUUUGAAGCCGUCGAGCAUUUGAUUGGCCUGCUGUGCAACAGCCACCGAGGAAAAGAAGCCGUUAACAUCAUCGAGUUUGUUCAAACAUCUCUUCGCUACCCCAAGGAUGGCGAUUGUUUCAAGACCGAUGAACAUGCUAGCGAGCCCGAAAGCGAUGCCGAAAGCAAUCAUUCUGACGUGAACAUGUACGAGAAAGCAUCUUUCGAGUACGACGAUGAUAUGGGAAGACCUCAAGUGGAGCCCAGAUCACCAGAAGCAAAGCCCAUUGGAUUCGCAACCAGUGGAUAUGCAAUCGCCGGUGCUGACAGCGGAAGAAUGCUAGCUCUCGUUCAUGCGAAGGGAAACAUGCUGUAUGCUCUCGGAGAGAAUGCAGCCGCAGCGACUGCGUUUGAGGAUGCUGUGCUCAUCGCAGCUGGUCGAAGGCGCCAUGGUAUUCAGAGUAUCAUCAAACAGAUAUUCGCUGCGUUCUCUGGGCCGAACAAUGGCAUUCCACAACCUGAACACGAGUCCAAGGAAAGCAUCCUGCUGUAUCCUGACCGAGCACUGAAGACCGCCAAGCUCGUCUUCCCCGGAGGAGGCAUGCCCCCGGGACUCAAAUAUGUUGCAGAGGGCAUGGCUCGCAAUGCAGCGAUCUCCACGACUAGCAAUUCUCUUCUCUCCUUGGCCAAGAUUUACCAGGAUGGCAUGUCUAGCGUGUCUCCAUCAGGGGCACCUAGGUCUUCACGUGGUGUUAGAGACAUUCUGGCCCUCUAUUACCUUUCUCUCUCUCUCCAGCCCAGCCCAUCCACAGCCAACAACGUUGGUAUUUUGCUGGCUGGUAUCCAAAAUAACCCGCCAGCUCGAGGCCUAGUACGCCCGAAUGGCGAGGUUCAGCAUCCAGAAAUCCCUGGUGUGAUGCCCGGAAGUGGCAUAUCUCUGGCUCUAGCUUACUACAACUAUGGCUUACAUUUAGACUCGCGGCACGCCCAUCUCUAUACCAACUUGGGAAGCUUGCUCAAGGACAUCGGGCAGCUCCAUGCUGCAAUCAAGAUGUAUGAGCAAGCGGUACAGUGUGAUGGUAAUUUUGACAUUGCUCUUGCAAACUUGGCCAACGCUGUCAAAGAUGCCGGUAAGGUCAAUGAUGCCAUCACGUACUAUCGUCGUGCCGUCAAGGUCAACCCUGAGUUCGCUGAGGCGGUUUGCGGACUAGCAAACGCCUUGAACUCUGUCUGCAACUGGGUUGGCCGUGGUGGCAUCGCCAAUUCUCGUGGAUUCCGCGAUAGAUGGCAUAUCGACGAGAAAGGGAUGCUUCGAGACUCGAUGGGUAUUGACGUAGGGUCUGGGUGGAUUCAGCGGGUCGUCGACAUCGUCGACCGUCAGCUCAAGGAAGGCGAAUAUUGGGGCCGAGGCAUGUUGACCGCCAGUACGGCAGAGCAACUGUCCAUGCAGCUGGCUCCAGCGCUAGAGUCCACCCGUUUUGCGUCUACCCAUCGAGCGUCUCUGGCAAAGCUGUUCCAGUCUUGGGCAGGGAACAAGUGGGAAGGCUCUCGAAUCGUGCGUCUUGUCGAACGUGCUAUCCGGUCGCUUACCUGGCAAUGGUAUCAGGAUCGUUAUGUCUAUCGUAAAGACUAUCCUGCCUCGAAGUACCGCAGACCCCAAUUGCCUGGUGCCCUCUCUGCUCCCAAUGCCCCCACUGUUUUGCCUUUCCAUACUUUCACUUGCCCGUUGUCAGCGAAGCAGAUCCGCCAGAUCUCUCAACGCAACGGCUUGCGGAUUUCAACCUCAACACUCCGUCUGCCCUGGCUUCCACAGACAGUGUUUCCUCCACCGGCUCCGCCGGCUCCAUACCUUCGUGUUGGCUACGUCUCAUCGGACUUUAACAAUCACCCUCUGGCGCAUUUGAUGCAAUCGGUUUUCGGACUUCAUGACUCUUCCCGGGUCAAGCCUUAUUGCUACGCUACAACGGCCAGUGACAAAUCCGUGCAUCGCCAACAGAUUGAAAAAGAGGCCCCCGUUUUCCAUGACGCGAGCUCAUGGCCCGUCGACCGGCUGGUCCAACAGAUCGUCGAGGACGGAAUCCACAUUCUGGUCAAUCUGAACGGCUACACCCGCGGAGCUCGCAACGAAGUGUUUGCCGCUCGCCCAGCCCCCAUUCACAUGUCAUUCAUGGGCUUUGCUGGCACCCUUGGCGCUGAAUGGUGUGACUACAUUCUUGCCGACCAACUGUCAAUUCCCCCAGAGACUCUUAGCCCAGGAAGACGUACCACACGCAUUGAGGACCGACCCAUGGAGGAUGACAAUGCAGAGGACGCUGAAGACUGGGUCUACGGCGAGAAGAUUGUUUUCACCCGUAACACAUUCUUCUGUUGUGAUCACCGACAGAGUGCCCCAGACGCGGGCGAGAAGCAUGUCACUUGGGAAGAGGAGCAAUCCCGACGCUGGAGAAUGCGUAAGGAACUGUUCCCCAACCUAAGUGACGACACCAUCAUCCUGGGUAAUUUCAAUCAGCUGUACAAGAUCGAGCCUACGACUUUCCGUACAUGGCUGCGGAUUCUGUCUCGGAUCCCCAAAGCCAUCCUAUGGCUCCUCCGCUUCCCGGAUCUGGGCGAACAAAACCUCCGCGACGCCGCCAAAGCGUGGGCCGGAGAAGAGACUGCAUCACGAAUUAUCUUCACGGAUGUCGCUCCUAAGAACACCCACAUUGCCCGGGCAAAGAUUCUAGACUUAUUCCUCGACACACCAGAAUGCAACGCCCACACGACAGCGACAGACGUUCUCUGGAGUGGAACACCACUCCUCACCCUUCCACGCUACAAGUACAAAAUGUGCUCCCGAAUGGCGAGCAGCAUCCUCAGCAGCGCAUUACCCAAUUCCGAUGUCGGUCAACGAGCUCGUGAAGAACUCAUCGCAUCCUCGGACAAAGACUAUGAAACGAAAGCCAUUAACCUCUGUCUCGACCUACAACAUUCCCCCACUGGGCAUGGUCGUGGACGGCUCAUGGAAAUCCGACAGAUGCUGUUCCGCGACAGAUAUCGGAAUAGACUCUUUGACACGGCGCGGUGGGUGCGUGAUUUGGAAGAUGCUUACGACGCCGUUUGGGCGCAGUGGGUCAAUGGCGAAGAAGGCGAUAUCUGGUUAUGA